GUGCUCAUUCUUCCAUGAUACUCACUGAAUAUCAUGCUAUUCUUUUUUAUUUUUUAAGCAAAAAAAACUAUUUUUUAAGCAAAAAAAAACUGAUUUUUUUCCAUUCUUUCCCAUAUCGUGAGUGAAAAGUCUCGCUCUCUGACUCAAUGGUAGACUGAAAAAGUUGAAAGCUCCUCCCAACCCAGUCCAUUGCUCAAUUCCUAUUUUCUUUUAAUAUUUUCAACACUCAACUAUGUCGUGUUUAACUAUGCUCCAAGUUUUUGAAAACUUUUUUCCUCCCUGGAAUUUGACACAACUAAUUGAAGCCAUGACACAUGACAAUGAAUAUCAAUCUGCACUUGUAUUCGAUAGAAUUAGACGAUUAAUCUUAAACAACUCGAAUACCCCAAUAACGACAAAAGAGCUUAUAAAGCAUUGCUUUCAUCCAGAUGUUCAGUUUCUUGCUCACAUGACCCUGAAAUCGUUGGAUCAUCCCGGUGAACAGUUUAAUAAUUCAUCAAAUCAACUUUUAUUAGAUCGCGCUUUUCUAAACCCAAUACUCACACUCAUUUUUGUUUUUGUCGGGCUUGUGGGUCUCAUUGGCAAUUUGCUCACAGUUAUUGUGAUUUUCAAGACAAAUUCCCUGCACUCGCACACAAACUAUUUCUUGGCAAAUCUUGCUACCAGCGACUUCUGUCUCAUCGUUGUUGGAGUUUCGUUUGACUUGGUGAAUAUCUGGAACGAUGAGGAACCGCUGGACAUUUUUGGAUAUUGCUCUCUUACAAGCACUUUUAUAUCUCUGUUCACAUUUGCUUCAAUUCUCACAAUUGUUCUUUUGACGGCAGAAAGAUUUACAGCGAUUUGUUAUCCUUUUUCCCAUAGAACAAUUUUCGACGAGAAGCGUGUUAAAAGGUUUAUACUGCUUAUUUGGUUCGUAGCACUUCUUCCAUCAAUUUUCAUUGGCUCUAUGUUCAAACGAGUGUCUCAAGACUUUUGUGGCUUCAAUCGCCAAAUGACUUAUAUCGGUCGAUGUGAUUUGGUGACAUCUCCAGAUAGUUUCUUCCGGUACCCAUUUGAAUCAGCAAUAACCAUCACUUUUGUACUUCCCUUGUUCUUCAUUAUUUAUUGUUACUUCCGGAUUCUAGGUACGCGACAUUUUCUUUGUAUUACAGUAAAUUUAAGCUACACGAGUAAUAUAUUUCCAGUCACAUUGAACGAGAUGUCCAAUUCGACUCAUGUGCACACUCCAGUCGGAACUGCUCGUAGUGAUAGUGGAGCUUUUCCUUUUCCCCAUACAUCUAAUAACUCUAACACUCAAAGUUUCCCGCUAACAGUCCAUACUAAAAAUGUCCAACCGCCGCGAAGUCAACAAGCCCAGAAAAUGGUCAUUAAGAUGCUUGUUACUGUAACCGCUGUAUUUUUUGUCUGCUAUCUUCCAUAUCACGCUCAACGUCUCAUCGUCAAAUACAACAGCAAGGAUUGUUCCAACUCAGACUUCUGCAAGCUUCUCUACCCAAUAGCAGGAAUCCUCCAAUACAUCUCCGCUUCUUUGAAUCCAAUUUUCUACAACCUCAUGUCUGUACGAUUUCGCAACGGAUUCAAGAAGCUCAUCAAAGACGUCUGGGCACAUCGAGCCCGUAGUUACAGCAAUCUAGCUCGUGUCUGAAAUUGAAAAAAAUUAUAUUUGCUACCCAUAAAUGUAUUGCUUAAAUGCCGACAAAUAAACGACCCGCUUGCUUGAUUCACAGCAACGUUAACUUGUAAUAAAACUACUACAUUAUUCCACAUUCCAUCAUUUAAUGUAAUUCAUGUUAAACAAUAUAAGUAAUAAACAUCAUAAAGUGCCAUAGUUACCA